AUGGCUGCAGAUGGACAGCAAGAUGGUGUCCUCGACACGCUUCGGGACAUCCAGCAAACCCAACAGCGCCUGCUGAGCUCGGUUGAAUCACUCACCAGUAAACUUGGUUCCUCUACCCUUGACCCUGCCUCCAAGCUGCCAGUGACCCCCCUGCUCUCUGAGAGUGUUAAGGAUCCGAAGCAAAAGGAUGUUGAAGCCUCUGCGGACCUCCAAUCGUCCUUUGAGAAUGGAACGGUCCAGCCUAGUUCGGCUCUAUCUCCAAGCAGCCGAACAGGCUUUACAUCGCGAAUCGUGCUCACGACGUAUCCAAAGCAGAUUGGCAUUGAUCCUCUCCAGAUGGACUGGGGAAAUCCCGAUCCCCUGCAGCGAGGACCCGUAGUCGUUUCGAGAGCUGCGUCCACCAUUCGUCGCAGAAAUGCCAUUGGAGCUCACGGAGGCUCGUACUCGAUCUACUAUGCGCUGGCUGUUGCCAGCAAAGAGCUAAACGCCGAUCAUAGACCUGAUUACACAAACACGGAGCCAGCUGCGAAGAUUGGACCGUUCCCCCAAUGGGGUGAUAAGAAGAAGAUCGUUGCCAUGGAUCCCUGGGGUCACCUGGUUCCAUGGACCUUCAAGGACAUUAUGGAAAAGGAAAAUGUUGACAUGCGACCAACAAUUGCCAUUACCAAGGCUCACAUGAAGCUGCCCGAGCUCGAGGAAAGUGUGAAGAGCGGCCGACUAGUCCCCGACGGAAAAGUCUGCCUGAAUGAGCUUGGAGAAUUGGCUGUUACCAAGUUUGCCGUCGAACCAGUCUGGUAUCUACCCGGUGUGGCAGAGAGAUUUGGAAUUGAUGAGGCCACUUUGCGACGAUCGCUGUUUGAACAUACAGGAGGAAGCUACCCAGAGUUGAUCACUCGUGGGGAUAUCAAAGUGUUCCUUCCACCCAUCGGGGGUCUGACUGUUUACUGUUUUGGUGAUCCUGCGAAGAUGUCCGAUGAAUCCGUACGAUUAUCUCUGAGAAUUCAUGAUGAAUGCAAUGGAAGUGAUGUGUUCGGUUCCGAUAUCUGCACGUGCCGACCAUAUCUGAUCUUUGGCAUCGAAGAGGCUGUGAAGGAAGCUCAGAGGGGCGGCAGCGGCGUAGUUAUAUACUUCAGAAAAGAAGUGGUUUACAAUGCUCGUAAGCGUGGCGAGGACCGAGCGUCGGAGUAUUUCAUGCGCACAGAGAACAUUGCUGGAGUCAAGGAUAUGCGUUUCCAGGCUCUGAUGCCCGACAUUCUUCACUGGCUGGGUAUCAAGAAGAUUGACCGCAUGCUAAGUAUGAGCAACAUGAAACACGACGCAAUUGUUGGUCAAGGAAUCCCCAUCCACGAGCGAGUGGAGCUCCCAGAUGAGCUCAUCCCAGCGGAUUCGAGAGUUGAGAUUGACGCCAAAAUCACUGCUGGCUACUUUACGGCUGGCAAACGGAUGACGGCCGAAGAAUUGCAAUCAGUACAGGGCAGAUUAUGGGAAGAGUAA